UCUUCUUCUCACUUUUUUCCCUUCUCCUUUUCUAUUCCCUUUCCUUCAAUCGCCACCUCAAUCCUCUCCGACGCAUCGAGGCAGCUAAGAAACUCCGGUGUGCUAGGAUUCACGACGGCAGUGUCGUUGUUUUUCAGUCUGUGUUUUCUUGAUUGAAAUUGACAGCAAGAGAGCUUACAGGAAAUUACAGAUUUGCUGUAAGAAUGUCUGCAAUUGAAACUAAAGAUAUUGGAAUAUCUUCCGCAUCUCUUCCUGUAAACCCACCUUCUCAUCCUACAUAUGAUUUGAAGGGUGUUAUCAAGCUUGCGCUUUCUGAAGAUGCUGGAGAUAAAGGGGAUGUAACCUGUAUGGCUACAAUACCGGCUGAUAUUGAAGUGGAGGCCUGUUUCUUGGCAAAGGAGGAUGGAGUCAUUGCUGGAAUUUCACUUGCAGAGAUGGUAUUCAAAGAGGUUGAUCAGUCACUCAAGGUUGAGUGGUCUGUAAAAGAUGGAGAUUAUGUUAAGAAAGGACUACAGUUCGGUAAAGUUUAUGGACGAGCACAUAACAUUGUUGUAUCUGAGAGAGUUGUCCUUAAUUUCAUGCAGAGGAUGAGUGGAAUUGCUACUCUAACUAAGGCCAUGGCAGAUGCUGCAAGUCCAGCAUAUAUAUUGGAGACAAGGAAAACAGCUCCUGGACUACGCUUAGUGGAUAAAUGGGCGGUAUUAAUAGGUGGAGGACAAAAUCAUAGGAUGGGUUUAUUUGAUAUGGUACUGAUAAAAGAUAAUCAUAUUUCCAUUGCUGGAGGUGUGAAGGAAGCUCUCAGAUUAGUUGAUGCAUAUUUGGAACAAAAUAAUCUUCAUAUGGGGGUUGAGGUUGAGACAAGGACACUUGAGGAGGUACAUGAAGUGAUACAAUAUGCAUCUGAAACAAAAACAUCCUUAACUAGGAUUAUGCUGGAUAAUAUGGUUGUACCAUUUGGAAAUGGCGAUAUUGAUGUUUCAAUGCUCAAAGAGGCUGUCGCUAUCAUUAGCGGGAGGUUUGAGACUGAGGCAUCUGGAAACGUUACUCUUGACACUGUAUCUAAAAUUGGACAAACUGGAGUGACAUACAUCUCAAGUGGUGCUCUGACUCAUUCGGUGAAAGCUCUCGACAUCUCCCUUAAAAUUGACACAGAGCUCGCGCUUCGAAUCGGAAGGCGAACAAAAAGAGCGUGAUUUGAUUGAUGCCACAUCAUCCUAUAUGUUCUUUGUCUGCAGCUACAUGGAAUUUAUCUUCCACAUGUGAAUUCAUUUGCUUAAGCUAAAAUAAGCAUGUCUUUUUAUAUCUCCUUUGCUAUGCAUGUUUUAAGAGAUGUUGAAGGUAUUAGAGAGAAAGUUGUUCGGUGACAACAACAUUGAAACCCCAAUGGUCAUAAUUUUUCUUCUUCUUAAUGUUUUGUUUGUAUAUUUGUUAUUUUAAAUUUAUGAUCAAUAUGUUAGGUUCUGGUU